AUGGAGCUACACUGCCUUCCUACUGAGACCCCCACCACAGUCAGUUCGUGCUCCACGGAUCCCCUGUACGACAACUGCCCACCUUUUGGCCAGCGAGGAAGAGCCAGGGAGAAGGAAAUGGAGAGUGGAGUUGUGUGCCCUGCUGUAACCAGACUCCCAGGCCCCCAGAGCCCUCUGCCUGGUCUGGCCCCAGCUGUGGCUGAGGUUCAGACAGUGGUCGGUGGGGGAAGAGGGCCUGGCACCUGGCCAGCUCACAGCUACUGCAGCUGUAGAGGAGGCCUGGGAAGACAGGCAUGGGAAGCAGAGCUAAGCAGAGGCAUAAACACAGCAAGAGGAGGAGAGAGGGGAGGAGAACAGGAGUGUAGCUGGGGAGUUGAGGACAGAGCUCAUCUGAACCAAAGCCCAAGCCCAUCACAGAGUGAGGAGCACCGCAGCGCCCUGUCUCUGUAUGAUAAUCUCCCUGAUGCUGAAACAUCCAACAGUCUCCAGGACUUUGACAUGGAAACAAGCCUCCAGGAACACUUGCAGGAGCAGACGCACCAAGCUGUGGCCUCUGAGCAGAUCCAGAGCCUGAUGGAGGGUGACAGUGUGACCGAAAAGAUGUUCACUAAAAGAUGCUCUAGCAACCAGGACCAGAAACCAGACCAAGACAAGGAGCAUGAACAGGAGCCAGAGCAGGACUCAGGAUCCUGUAGAUUUACACAAGGGGACCUGAUGCAGCAUCACCAGCUCCCUAUGUCACUUCCUCAACAUCUAACAGAAAAUUCCACUCAGGUACGUCAAACCAAGUGCCACGACCUGUGGCCUCCUGCUGAAGCUCAGCAGCCCAAACAGACAUCAUGGUCUCCCAGAGUGCCCCCUCCAUUACCCCUGGCAGACCCCUCUGCCAGUGCUCUUCGCAGCCUCCUCACCAGCCUGCAGCACCAGAUAAUGAAACAGAGAGAGGAAUAUGAAGCACGGAUAAUCAGCCUGGAGCAGAGAAACGAAGAACUACAGGAGGAGGUCGUUCGCCUGAAAACAAACCUCGCACAGCAGCGGCACUGGUACCAGGUUGUGCAGGCGAAGAUCGUGGAGUCUGAAAGGGCCCGGGCUGCCGCGGAAGCACGCAAUGCCACGCUGCAGAGGGAGAUGGAGCAGUUUUUUGACAUCUUUGGGGAGCUUAAUAACGAGGAAAAGAAGACAGAACACAUUGUGAAGAGCUUUUGAGAAAGGUUACGAGCCGUGUGUGCAAAGAAUAGGAAAUAAAUGCACAAGACAGUCGAGCCGUUAAACUCUACGGAGGAUCUUUUAUCACUAUGUCACUAAUGAAGCAACGCACAGCUAUUUCCUCAAAGAAUCUGAGAAUUGCACAAAGCAUCAAUGAAAGAAAAAUAAUCACUGAUGUCCACUUUAUUAGCGGAGUAUGGGCAAAAGAUGUUGGGCAAGUGGUAACAUGGUGGUCAUUGCAAUCACAUAGGACAUCUCUGGAAAUAAAAGGAGAAACAGACUGAGAUGUACAGUGUAUACAAUGGAGCAUUUUCUUCUAAAAACAGUAAAUACACAAGAUAUUCUGAGCAAAGUGAUGCUCAGUCCUUAUCUGCUAAGUUUUGGAGAGUUAUACGGCCACUCCUCAGGACAUUUAAGGCAUGACUGAAAAAAUAAGGUCAUGGUUGUGUACAACAUAGUGCAUAAGUCCUCAAUGACUCCGUAGUGUCUUCUUUCUGCAUGUCCAUCACGUGUGCAAUCAGUUAUGCAAAAAAGAAAAAGAAAAAAAAAAAGGCAGCUGCACAGCCCAUUUUCAAGGUUCAGCUUUAAGUUUCAAUCUUCAGUUGAAAUAUCCAGAUUCUGAUUGAGGACUCCGCAGUCUCAUUCCCAUUAAACCACAACAUGUCUGCUUUCUGUUGCUGGGAAAACUAUCUCCAGGAACUAUUUUCCUGUACAGCUGGGGUGGAUUAUUCAAAGGAGAAAUCAGGAGUGCUGCACAAUAUAUUCUGAUAAAAUAUACAAACACAUGGGCUUACAAGGCCAAAAACAAACAAAAAAAAAA